CACCGGGAGGGACACGCCGCGUCGGGAGAGGGGUGGCUGGCCCCGGGCGGCGGGUGCUGCGCUGCAUAGGGUGGGUCAGAUAUCUCAAACGCUCGGCUGGGGCUGCAGGUGGCACUUUUCGAACAUGUCGUGCGCGUCCUAGUGCUGUGCUUCCUCCUUCGCUACUACAUCCUGGUGCAGACCGGAAAAAUGAUCCUGCGAAGUUUGCUCUGAGCCAGCUCCCGCUCCAAGGAUGGAAGUGGCAAUGCCGAUGACGGGCAACGCGAUCGACAGCUAUGAGGACAUGUUCAAGGAGAUAACGCGUAAGCUCUACGGCGAAGAUGGCCUCCCGGAGUUGGGGGCCAGCGAGCGUACGCAUGCCUCCGCCUCGGAUCGGGGUCUCACUCCGAUUGACUACGACAUCGACACGCCCAUGCUUAAACCCGAAGAGCACCUAACCGCCUUUGGGUUAGCAGCGUUGAUGCAAAAUGGUUUCCCUUCGCCCUUUCAACAACACAAACCCAACCCAAACUUUGAAGAUAAAUGGAUCAUAAGUGAAGAUCACAUACCAUGGACACAAUCAAAGAUAGCCAGUUAUAAUCCUGCACAGAAGUUGUUCCGAUGUGCGGAGUGUGAUUGUGUUGGGUAUCUGCCAAGGGUUGCUGAACAUUGGUUAGGUACCCAUUCGAAUCUAAGGGUUUUCCAAUGUCCGCAAUGUCCUUAUGAGAGUGCAUGGGCAAGAUGUGUACGCAUGCAUUUAACCAGGCAGCAUAAUAUUGAUACUGAAGAGACUACUGAUGCUCUACUGAAGAAUAACCCUGUUUUACAAGAGGUUACUAGGUACCUUCAAAGGUUAAAGACCAGAUUGGAAAGCACCUGUCAUAAACCUCCUACUAAUUCAUCAGUUGAAGAGUUUUCGACUUCGGGGAAUACAAAUCAUGCUAAUACCAAUUCUAAUAGACAACAACCGGUACCCACACCUCCAGAUACCCCAUCAGGUGGGGCUGGUGGUACUAACAAAAGGUACACCUGUAGUUAUUGCCCUUAUGCUACGGAUAGACGUGAUUUAUUCACGAGACAUGAAAAUAUCCAUCGGGAAGAGAAACCCUUUCAGUGUUACGUCUGCCAGAAGCAGUUCAAUCGAGCUGACCAUGUGAAGAAACAUUUUUUACGAAUGCACAGGGAGCAUGUCUAUGACCUCAAUAGAAUACGAAGACAUCCUCCCAAAAACGCCUCGGGGAUGUCUUACUAUCAGAAAUACAACAGUUCCACCACUAAUGGUGACCAUGGGACUGACCAUCAUUCCGCACCAGGUGUAUCCAACCCUGCUAUUUCCAUCCCGAAUAGUUUCAACAACAUAAAUAGAAAUCUAGCGAAUAUGGGCAGGAAUAAUGAGGUGGUACCUUCAAAAGCAAAAAAUUCAUCAAAAGGGAAUGGUUCUAAGAAGAAAGGAGAAAAGAGGUUUUCCUGUUGUUAUUGUUCAUGGUCCGGGGUGGAUAAUUGGUGUUUGAAGAGACAUAUGAACACACACCUGAAACCUUUUGUUUGUGGGUUAUGUGAUUACAAAGCUGCGAGGUCGGAAAGGUUAGCCACACAUGUCCUGAAGGUUCAUAAUAAAAGGGCCUGUAGUAAGUGUACCUUCAUGGCGGAUGACCAGCAACAAUUAACAACACAUCAAGCGGAACACCAUCCAAUGGAACAAAGGAGAUCAAAUAACACUUCAUCAGCAGCUAAUAAUGUCCUGAGGAAUACCAGCUUUGCAAAUAGUACGGUUACAAGCGGUGGGAGUUUUGGGUCCUCCCAAACCCUCAAGUCACAAGACCUAGCAGCUGCGGCUUUGCUCCAUGGUCAAAGGUUACUCCAUGGUCCACCUCCAGAUAUCAAACCAUGGAAACCACAUAUACCUAAACAACAUGGCGCUGCGAGGUUGUUUAAUUACAUGGAGGCCUCGGAUGGGUCCGAACCGGAGUGUGACAGCAGUUGUGGUGCUGAGGACAUGUCAAGGUUAAGCCAUCGCGUGCAAUCGGAUUUUCUUGAAGCGGGAGAUGUCGGCGGCGGCCACCAUACGCCGGACGAAGACGAACCAGAGUUGCCGCUCUUCGUCUGCCCGACGUGCGGGUGUGAGUUCGAGGACGAUGCGUCCCUGGCUACACACCGCUGGACGCACGCGCGCAGCACCGCAUCUCCCGCGAAACGCAUCGGGAACAAACAAAACAAUCCAGAAAGUGAAAAAAACAUAGAAAAAGAAAACCUAAAUCCGAUGGAUCAUAUAUAUCAAUGUAAGUAUGAGUAUUGCAAUGCGUCAUUUACAAGUCAAAAAGAAGUUAUAACUCAUAUGAGUGUCCAUUCGACCUUGAACACUUUCACUAUGACAGAGACUGUUACAACACAGUGUAAACAACGUAUGCAACCCAAAAAGCAUCUCACAAGAACAUUGUACUGCGUGAAAUGUCCAAAACUGCGAAAAUUUCAACAUCGACAUAACCUCAUCCUGCAUUAUAUGUACAAUCAUACGAAACAAGCAAACAUACGUAUUGAGUGCGAACACUGUUCACAAACGUUCAAUCACAAAUACCAAAUGAUUCUACACGCGAGCAAAGCGCAUGCUAAUGAUACAACCAACGUAGUACCUGCGAACAAUCACGAUCACAAUCAUCUAAUGAUGAUGGAUCAAUCCAAUGCGACGCUGGCCGUACCUGACCAUUCGACAUUUUCGUCAGCGUCCAACGUGCACAAGCUUGGCAUGUACUUCGAUCACUCCUUUAAUAACGGACACAUGUCACUGAUCAUUCCGACAUUUCCACCGAAUUAGCAACUUCAGUUUGGAUAUGAUGAAGAUACAAGCAGAUGACGGAUACAAGAAAGAGUAAAAUAUAUUUUAGUCAAAAACAAAUUGAGAAAACAAAAUGGAGGCGAUGCAUAUUUUUGACAUAACCACGUUCCAUCGCAGUUGUCCAGAAGAGGCGGCAGACGUCACGUGUGAGAAAAAGAUAUUUUUUUGUACUUUAAUAUUAAUAAUAAUGGACGAUGGCUGCGAUGAAAUGAAAUAUUUGGUCUGAAAAUCUGAAGAAUUUGAUUUUAGGAGUUGAAAGUGACCUUCAAAAUUGUUUCUUUCUGAUUAUUGUUUUUUUUUGAUAGUUUUAAUGUGUAAUCUUCUGAUUUGUGCAAUAUGAUGUUGUUUUUAUUGAUUUAUUGAUUGAUUGAUUGAUUGAUUGAGUUUAGUUUAAGCAGCAGACCAACAUGUGAAUGAUGAAUGAAUGAUAAAGAGUUUAAGAUGAUGAAAAAUUAUUGUAAUUGGAAUCAAGAAGACUGGUAAUUAUGCGCACUGGCUAUUUCGGUUCCGUUCAACGUAAUCAUACCAAUACCAAGUAUCUGUAAUGUAAACGUGUUUUAUAAUUCAAAUAUAUUAUUUGGAAAUAAUGAAAACAUAAAAAUAAGAAGAGAUUUUGACAUCUGGGGGGAUAUUUGAUGUUGACAUACAUAACCUAAGUUAUAUUUUGAGGUUAAAUUAUGUUAGAAGUUAGUUUUUAUUGUUUUUCUUGGUUUUUCACAAAGAAAACUUGUUUUUUGUUUGAAUUGCAGUCAUUUAUUAUUUUUGUAUCCAAUUUUA